UAUCAGGCAUGUACCUAACACACUUCUUUCUCCACACACAACCCAAAAUGAAAGUUUUAGCAAUGGAAAGUUUCUUUCUGGGGCUAGUUCUUGUAUGCAUGAUAUGGAGAAUACUGUCAACCAGUCACAAAAGAAACAAAACCUUACCACCACCUGAACCCUCUGGUGCAUGGCCUUUGAUAGGACAUCUGAGGAUUCUCAAUAGUCAAAUUCCAUUUUUCCGAUUUCUUGGAGACCUGGCUGAUAAGCAUGGACCAGUUUUUUCAAUCAGGCUUGGCAUGAGACGGACGCUUGUUAUUUGUAGCUGGGAAUCUGUGAAGGAAUGCUUCAAAACCAACGACCGAAAAUUCCUAAAUCGUCCGAGUUUUGCUGCUUCAAAAUACAUGGGUUAUGAUGAUGCCUUCUUCGGAUUCCAUCCGUAUGGAGAAUACUGGCUUGAGAUGCGAAAGAUCGCAACGCAAGAGCUUCUGUCGAACCGCAGGCUUGAGCUGCUCAAGCAUGUGAGAGUUUCGGAAAUAGAAACAUGUAUCAAGGAAUUGCACACGACUUGUAGCAAUGGUUCCGUGUUGGUGGACAUGAGUCAAUGGUUUUCCUGUGUAGUUGCGAAUGUGAUGUUUCGACUAAUUGCGGGGAAGAGAUAUUGUAGUGGUAUUGGCAAAGAUUCAGGAGCAUUUGGAAGAUUAAUCAGAGAGUUCUUUUACUUGGGUGGGGAUUUAGUAAUUUCUGAUUUGAUUCCUUUUACUGAAUGGAUGGAUUUGCAAGGACAUGUGAAAUCUAUGAAGCGUGUCGCCAGGGAUUUGGACCAUGUUAUGAGUAGUUGGCUUGAAGAACAUCUUCAGCGUAGGGAAGUGGGCAGGGUGAGGAAAGAAGAGAAGGACUUCAUGGAUGUCAUGUUAGAAUCUCUUGCAGUAGGUGAUGAUCCCAUCUUCGGAUACAAAAGAGAAACCAUUGUCAAGGCAACUGCGCUGAAUCUUAUAUUAGCAGGCACAGAUACUACUUCUGUCACCUUGACAUGGGCACUGUCUCUUCUACUUAACCAUACUGAAGUGCUAAAAAGAGCACAGAAAGAGAUUGAUGUCCAUGUAGGAACAACAAGAUGGGUAGAAGAAUCAGAUAUCAAGAACUUAGUGUACCUUCAAGCCAUUGUGAAGGAAACCUUGAGACUAUACCCUCCUGGCCCCCUAUUGGUACCACGUGAGUCCUUGGAAGAUUGCUACGUGAAUGGCUAUCUCGUUCCUCGAGGCACUCAAUUACUAGUUAACGCGUGGAAGCUUCAUCGAGAUGCGCGCAUAUGGGAAAAUCCAUAUGAGUUCCAUCCUGAGAGGUUCCUUACGAGCCAUGGAUCAACAGAUGUUAGAGGUCAGCAGUUUGAGUAUGUUCCAUUUGGUUCAGGGAGAAGAUUGUGCCCUGGGAUUUCUUCUAGCUUGCAAAUGCUUCACUUGACGCUUUCUCGGUUGCUUCAAGGCUUCAAUUUCAGCACCCCAAUGAAUGCUCAAGUUGACAUGAGUGAAGGCUUAGGACUCACUUUGCCGAAAGCAACGCCAUUAGAAGUUGUGCUUACGCCGCGCCUUGAGAAUGAGAUCUACCGACAUUAGAGCAUGUCUUUGCUGUCUUUUGUCUAAGAACUAGUGAUCUGAAUAAAAACUAGUGCUUAAGAGAUGUAAAUUGAACUUCUAUAAAAAAAUAAAAAAUAGCCCUCGUGCUGAGUACGCAUGGCUUAAGUCCAAAAACCACUUCAUCUAUGACCUUCUUUUCUGAAAGUCUUGCCCAUUUUUAACUUUCAACUGUCUACCAUAGAAGCUACAAGAAAUGUAAUGGCUGAGGAAUUUGUUGACCA